AUAUCAUCGUCUGUGGAAGGAGCUCGAGAGUGACGAAGAACGUUUCUUCGUGUACUUCAGAAUGUCCAGAAACAGUUUUGAAGCCUUGUAUAAUCUUGUGAAAAAUCGAAUUAGGCGACAGACGACGAAUCGCCGAGAGGCUAUUGACCCACGCGAGAGAUUAGCCGUUUGUUUAAGAUACUUGGCGACUGGAGAUUCUUUUCAAACGAUUGCUAUUUCGUUCCGGAUGGGGAUAUCUACAGUGACUGGUAUAGUGGGCCAAGUUUGUGAACAGAUAUGGAACGUUCUGCAACCUGUUGCUAUGCCAGCUCCAACGAGGCACACAUGGGAAACCACAGCAGCGGACUUCUACAAUCUAUGGGGAUUUCCUAACUGCGUUGGCAGUAUUGACGGGAAGCAUGUUAAAGUAAUAUGCCCCAGCAAUACCGGAUCGGCUUACUACUGCCACAAGGGAUUCUUUUCCGUUGUAUUGUUGGCUAUAGUAGACGCAAAAUACAAAUUUCUCGUCGCCGACAUUGGGGCAUACGGGCGACACAGUGAUAGCUCAAUAUUGCGAGACUCUGCCUUCCACAAGAAAUACAUCACAAAACAAGCGUUACCACCACCAAAGCCACUGCCAGGAAGAAAUGCUACAACCCCACACGUACUCGUUGGAGAUGAAGGGUUUGCACUGGCACCUUACCUGAUGCGACCAUACCCAAGAUCAGCAAUAGCAACAGACGACCGAAAAAAACAUUUUAACAUAUCAUUAAGCCGUUCAAGAAGGGUGGUUGAAAACGCUUUCGGCCUCCUGGCAAUGAAAUGGCGGGUUUUCGGCAGAGCAAUCAACUGCAAAAUCACCACAGCAGAGCACAUCAUUAAAGCAGCAUGUUGUCUACACAACUUCAUAAUAGAUGAACAUAAUCCUGGCCAAUCCUCUGAACGCAAUAGAUUCGAACCCAGCGACACUUCAAACACAUUCAUACCACUAUCUCCAAACAACAGAAGAUGUACCGAUGAUACAAUGCAAAUCCGUGAGGACUUUGCCGAUUUUUUUUCCAAUAAUGUAUGA